AUGAACGAAGAGGGCGGAUAUCUGGGCGCGAUGACCUAUCAGUGCUUGUAUAAUCCAGUCAUGGAGAAAUUGAAGUUUGUCGGCGCUUCUUUGAGCAUUCUAUAGCUUUUUGUUUCAGGCAACAACAUCGCGACGAUCCCAGAGCGUCCCUGGCCCUCAACGUAAGUUUUUCUGAUAUUUAACCAAUUUUAACUUGCAAGGCUUCUUCAGAAACUGCACAACGCACUGACCACUUGUGAGCAAGCUUCUCCGUCGUUUCUCUACGAUUUUACCAAGGUUAUUUUGGACGAUUCAGAGUUAAACGUCAAUCUGCAGGUGCGUCUUUACAAAUCUGAUCCAUUUGAAUGCCCUCUUUUUGCAGGAGUCCUACUUGAGAAUGCAUGAUACUUCGCCGACGAACGACUUGAUUGUCAGUGGCUAUGAACAGAAUGGCGACUACAAAGAGCUCACGAAACGGUAAAAGCUCUCAUGAAAGCGAGUCAGCCGUUUUUUUGUAUUUCAGAGCCAUCGAGCUGCGUCGUGUGCUGUCCAAAGUGCCGGAAGAGAUGUCAGACCGUCACGCCUUUUUGGAGACCAUCAAACUGAUCGCUUCUUCAAUCAAGAAACUGCUCGAAGCGAUCAACGCCGUCUACAGAAUUGUACCAGUGACCGCGCAGCCGGCCGUCGAGAAACGCAAGCGAGAGUUUGUUCACUAUUCGAAACGAUUCAGUAACACCUUAAAAACCUAUUUCAAAGAUCAGAAUGCAAAUCAGGUAAGUACGAAACUAUCACGUUCGAGAAAAGACAGUAAUUUUAGGUCUCAGUGUCGGCGAAUCAGCUGGUGUUCCAGACGACAAUGAUUGUCCGCACGAUCAACGAGAAGCUGCGUCGCGGUUAA